UUUUAUUUAUGUCAAGUCCAAAGCGGUCGAUUUACAUCAAACGUUAAAUAAGAUUUGCUCAUACAUGUGCACAUAUAUAGAUAUUUAAAAACAUAUAUAUGCGUAUAGUAUAUAUGACAUAUAGCAAGACGAAAAAUAUUAACUGAAACUAUAUAUAUAUAAAAAUAAAAGAGACGUCUAAGUGUGCUUAUGUUUAUGUUUUCGAGUGCAAAGUAAAAGCCACGAAAUUUUGCUUUCUGUCUUUAAUAUAAAAAAAUAAAUAAAUAAAAAAAACAAGAAACUCCUAGAAAAUAAGCAACAAUAAAAAGGAGGAUAACAAUGUUGCAUUUAAACCAAUUUUGUGCACUUUUAUUAAAUUUAAUUUUUGUGUUAAUUUCAACACCAGACAUAAUAGGAAUUGAGGCUGCAGAUGAUAAAAAAGGCAAUUCACCGAAACCGCUAUCCGUUGUCACCGAUAGCAAACAAUCCGUUGAUUUCGAUUACGACGAUGACGAUGAUACGUCGAGCGGCGUGAAAACGCCAAAAUCAACAAUUAUUCCGUAUUUUGAGCACAAUGUGAAGACCGUCUAUCUAACCGGAGAGGAUAAUGUUACCCUUGCUUGCUUACCCAAAAAUUUUAAUGACAGUCAGCAUAUAAUCCUGUGGUACAAGGACGAAUCUCCAAUAACGAACGGCAAUACUAUUGUAAGUGUUGGCUACGAAAUCGAUAAUAAAUCUCGUUUAACCAUUUUGAACUACAAUAAAGAAUCAUCCGGUAAUUUUUCUUGUGCGAUUAUGCCAAGCGAUGUGCGUCAAUAUUUUGUUUUUAAGCCACAAAGUGAAACACCAGAGAAUAUCGUAGAAAAAACCAACGGAGGUGACACUAAACAGAUCAGUCAGAUAGCAAUCAAAUUGAUAGCUUUUCUGACUGCAAUUAAACAUUAUUAUGGAAUUGAAAAAUUUUAAAUAAACAUUAUCAUAAGGUACAGAAAAACAGCACACGAAAACUAAAUGAACAAAAGAAAGACAGACAAGUAAAAGAAUUGAAAUGAUUUCGGUUAGCGGUAAAGUGCGUUAAGUAAGUAAUUUUUAAAUGCGAUAAUUUUGGCAUUGAAGACAAGAAAACUUGAAAUUGUUAAGAAAUUUUCAAAUUUUCAAAAUUGUUUUAUUUUUAUUUUUUUAACUUACAUAAAU